AUGACAGCGAAGCCGACUGAAACGCUCUCGCGGGCUGAUCUCGGUAAUAUCUGGGACAUAAUUAAGGCUUCUUUGUUUAUGAUACACGAAGUUAAAACCAUGCAAGGACAAGCGAGAGAUUGUGACUCUGAAAUCACACAAUGGGGUGACUGGAUCGAAGAACAAACGCAGUACAUACCGAUUCGACUGACGUUGGAUGAACGAAAAUAUCUGAGACUAUUAGAGGCAGCGCUGAAUGUAUCAGAAUAUACGGAUAAAAUCGAUAUAAUAACGUACAGCAGUAAAUCUAAACGGGUUAUGCAGCAGAUUAAGGAGCUUUGUGGGAUUCUUUCUGGGCUUGUGGUUGCAAGCGACCAUAAGAGAGGUCAAAAGCUGAUUGUCGAUAAAGACUACCGGGAUAAUGAAGAAUUUUUCCAAAGUAUUUUCGAGAUUGGACGACGGCACAAAAUCAUGAAUCCGGAAAAAAUGAGAGAUGUGUACGGAAACCUCAUGUUUAUGUUGAUGGACUCGGUCACCCCAGAUGUCCAAGAUGCACUCACUCUCAAACUAGUUCGACCAAUCAAGACCGUUCAUAGCUUUCUAAAAGAGCGCGAUGCCCUAAACAUAUUACACAACGAUUUAGUAAAAAUAGCGACGGCUGAAAUUAUUUCAGAAGAUAAAUCACGAUCAAAGAUUCAGCAAGAAAUCCGAGAAAAGGAACGGGCUAUCAACCUUCUGAGUAACAAAUAUGCCAAGCCUGGUCUAUUGGAACCCGAAGAAAUCCGACAAUGUUUGUAUAGCAUUGGUGACAAUCACGCCUAUUUAAGAGCGAAUCGAGAUUGUUGCGAUCGUAUGCUUGGCUACCUAACAAAGUAUUUUGAUCCUCAUCAAAUCGAAGAUAAUUAUUCGCUUGCUAUACAGACGGAUGUUCACGGUGCACGGUUGUCACAUAGCCAUGAAAUGCAGUAUUAUUACGUAGACCGAACACUGGUUCUUUGGCGAGAAAUCCAACACGAAAUGUUCAAACUAUGGAUGAUGGCUGAUCAUGACAUGCUUUCCGAAUACAAUAUGUACCGGCUCCGUGAUACUGGCCGAGGUCUAAUACUAAGCAGAGUACAGGGAUGCUCAAGCGUGUCAAAAGUAGUCCAGUCUAUUUUAUGUAAGGCUAAGCAAACUACAAGACUUUGGGUUGGGAGCUCGGCUAUUCAUUUGGGCGACAAGAACGUUCCGAACGCUAUUGAGUUUAUUGACAAAUACAAUCAAGUGCCUCACAUCUUGAAUCCCAUGCUCACAUGCCUUGAUAACAUAUCGAAAUUGGCCAGAGAAAACCAAAGCAUUGACGACUACAUAAAGGCGACCUUUAAUGAUGUUGAGACGUUGAAGAAGGACAUUCUUGUUGAUUUCUUCCGCUAUGCUUUCGAUGGCAACGGUGCGGAUAACUUUUUUGAUGCUAAUAGUUGUAUUGACGGACGUUUGACUAGUGCUUGGAAUUGGUGUUCUCAGAUCGAGAAGAAGAAGUUUUUCCCCGUGUUCUUGUUAACGGGCUUUGUUGGCUUUGAUGGCGGUGAUUUUUGA